AUGUCGCCAGCUGAGAAACUGGUGAGGCUAAAGGAAGCUCUCCAGGGUCCACCAGCGGAGCACAUCUCCUCUUUCACGGCCACAGACGCCAAUUUUGAGAAAGCUUGGGAGAAACUUCAACGCCACCAUGAAAAUCCACGAUUAAUUGCAGGGCAUCUCUUCAACAGGGUGCUCAACUUGCCAACGAUGGCCAAGGGAGAUGUCAAGGCAAUGAUAAACAACGCUCACAUUGCAAGAGAAACAGUGGAUCAGGUCAUCAACAGAGCUGGGAUACCAAAAGAAAAUUUGGGUGAACAAUUUGUCUUCCACCUGCUUAAACGCUCCAUGGAGGCGGACACACGCACCACAUGGGAGCAAAAGCUGGGUGCAUCAACGAACUUCGUCCCCCUGCAAGAGCUGGUCAACUUCCUGGAGUCAACUGCCAGAGGCAUGACUCCAGAUGAUCAACAAGAUUCACCGAAACGAAAAGUGAACCCAACGCCACAAGUGAAACCAACACAACGGGCACGUGCACAUCAUGUGGCUGAGACAUCAGCCCCUCAACGCAACGACACUCAGCAAUCCAGACCUGCUGAUUGCUGCGCAUACUGCAGGGACAGGCACUCCAUAGGAAAGUGCCCAGGAUUCCAAAACCUUCCAGCAAACAAACGAUUGGAAUACAUCACAGGCAUGCGUCUGUGCUUCAACUGUUUCGGCACGCACACGGUGGCAAAAUGCAAGUGCAGCAAGGCUUGCUUUAAAUGCCAACAACGCCAUCACACGAUGCUGCAUCUGGACCAGGAGAGGAGUGAAGCCAGCACCUCAUCCAACAACGCUCCAGAGGCACCAGCAACGAGGGAGGAAUCAGGU